GGGAGGAGUGGCCGGGCUGGGGCUGCCAUGGGGCGCCGCGCUGCCUGACCGCCCCGGGCGCGGCCUUCCUCCUCCUUCUCCUCCUCCUCUUUCUUCUCCUCUUCCUCCUCCUCCUGCCGCCGCCCGGCCCGGCCGGCUCCGCUCGCCAUGGGAGAUGUGGUCUCCACGCACCUGGACGAGGGUCGCCGCCAGCACAUCGCGGAGAGGACGGGGAAGGUGCUGGGGGAGUUUUGUCGGUGUUACAAGGAGCAGUAUGGCGUAGCGCUCUUCAACAGCGUCCGCUAUGAGAUCGAAGGCAACGGGGGGCCACAGGCCCAGCUACUCCACCGCAAGGUCCCACUGGAGGACCACGUCAUCUACUCGGGCAACCUCUUCCAGUACAUCGAGGAGAACAAGAAGUGGAGGAACCGCUUCUGCGUGGUCCCGCACAACUACGGCUUGGUCCUUUAUGAGAACAAACUGGCCUAUGAGCGGGACCUACCGCCCCGCGUGCUGGUCAACAGCGCUGGCUACAAGAUCCUCACCUCCGUGGAGCGGUACCUGGAGCUGGUGAACAACAGCCUCCCCGGUGUGACACCCAAAUCGGGGCAAUCCCCCAUCCUGAAGUGCCCCACAGAUUUCCCCCUCAUCCUCUGGCACCCCUAUGCCCGGCACUAUUACUUCUGCGUGAUGACGGGCAAGGAGCAGGAGAAGUGGCGGGCAGUUUUCCAGGACUGUGUCCGGCACUGCAAUAACGGGAUCUCUGAGGACUCCAAAGUGGAGGCUCCAGCCUUUACAGAUGCCAUCCGCAUGUACCGCCAGGCAAAGGAGCAGUACGGCACCUGGGACAUGCUGUGUGGCAAUGAAACCCAGGUCCUGAGCAACCUGGUGAUGGAGGAGCUGCUCCCCGAGCUGCGGACCACCAUCGGCCCCCGUCUGAAGGGCAAAGCUCCGGAGCGCCAGCGGACCUGGAUCCAGAUCUCGGAUGCCGUCUAUAGGAUGGUGUAUGAGCAGACCAAGGCCCAGUACGAUGCAGUGACGGCCAAGUGUGAGCAGGAGCGGCCCCAGAUGGAGAGCACUAUCCGCACAGACAUGGAUCAGAUCAUCACAUCGAAGGAGCACUUGGCCAGCAAGAUCCGAGCAUUCAUCCUCCCCAAAGCGGAGGUCUGCGUCCGUAACCACGUCCAGCCCUACAUCUCCUCCAUCCUGGAGGCCCUGAUGACCCCCACAAGCCAGGGCUUUGCUGAGGCGCGGGAGGUGUUCUUCAAGGAGGUGACAGACAUGAACAUGAACAUCGUCAACGAAGGUGGUGUGGAGAAGCUGGCAGAGUACAUGGAGAAGCUUUCCCACCUGGCCUUCCACCCCGUGAAGAUGCAGUCAUGUUACGAGAAGAUGGACCAGCUGAAACUGGAGGGCCUUCAGCAGCGGUUCGAUGUCUCCAGCACGUCUGUCUUCAAGCAGAGAGCCCAGAUCCACAUGAGACAGCAAAUGGAUGAUGCUGUCUACACAUUCGAGACGUUGCUCCAUCAGGACCUGGGGAAGCUGCAGGGCAAAGAUGACGUCUGCAAGUCCAUCCAGCGCAUCCUCGAGAGGGUGCUCAAGAAAUUCGACUAUGACAGCAGCACUGUGCGGAAGAAGUUCUUCAGGGAGGCCCUGCUGCAGAUCACCAUCCCCUUCCUGCUGAAAAAGCUGGCGCCAACCUGCAAGGGGGAGUUGGCCAAGUUUCAAGAGCUGAUCUUCGAGGACUUUGCCAGCUUCAUCCUGGUGGAGAACACGUACGAGGAGGUGGUGCUGCAGUCCGUGAUGAAGGACAUAAUGCAAGCUGUGAAGGAGGCGGCCGUGCAGCGGAAGCACAACCUGUAUCGCGACAGCAUGGUCAUGCACAACAGCGAUCCCAACCUGCACCUCCUGGGCGAGGGUGUCCCCAUCGACUGGGCCGAGGAGCAUGGCGGACAGCCUGAGGCCGAGCUGGCCACCGAGAAACGCCGCAGAGCCAAGCAAGUGGUGUCGGUGAUCCAAGAUGACGAGGGGGUCCUGCCCUAUGAGGUGGGUGCUGAGGUGCUGCUGCAGCCUGGCUCCCCCAAGCCGGAUCCCGGGGCACCGCCGAGCUCCCCAGAUGGGGUGGAGAAGAUCCGGGAGGCGCUGGCCAAGGAGAGCCUUGGGGAUGAAGUGGAGGAGCAGCUGACAAACGGUACCGAUGCCACACGAGAGAGCAGUGCCACCAAGGAGGUGGCAGUGGCAGAGGCUGUCCCAGGUGAUGUCCCCUCCCAGGGUCCAGCCAUCCAAGGGGAUGGGGUACACUGCACCGCACCAGCAUCGCCUGCACCCGGAGCAGACGUCCUGUCAGAGGCUGUGGUGCAACAUGUUGCACCAGCAUCACCCAUGCCAGCGUCACCUGUGCCCAGAGCCGAUGUCCCAUCAGAAGCCAGCGUGCAACACGCUGCACCGCCAUCACCCAAACCCAGAGCUGGUGUCCCAUCAGAGGCAGGGGUGCCGCAUGCUGCACCAGUAUCACCUGUGCCUGGAGCUGAUGUUCCAUUAGAAGCCAGCGUGCAACAUGCCACACCACCGUCACCUGCACCUAGAGCCAGUGUCCCAUCAGGGGCUGGGGUGCAACAUGCUGCACAGGCAUCCCCUGCACCCGAAGCUGAUUUGCCCUCAGGAGCUGAGGUGCCUCACACCACACCAGCAUCACCUGCACCCAGAGCUGAUGUCCCAUCAGAGGCCGGGGUGUCCCAUGCCACACCAGCAUCACCCAUACUCGGAGCCGAGACCCCAUCACCAUCCACUGGGUCACCUUGCCACCAGCCCAGUGACAAGGAGACGGGUGAGGUGUCCCCACCUGGCAGCGAUUGCAGCUCCCCACAGCUCACGGGCACGACAGAGAGCAGCGAGGGGGUGCAGACUGAGUUCUAGCCACGGGCCCCCCCCCAUCAUGGACUGGCCCCGGUGAGGCUGGGGUUUGGGGUAGGGGAAAAGGACCCACUGUGCUGCUGGGGAUGGAGAGGGAGGGGAUGGGAAACACCGAGACCUGAUUGCCUGGCUGGGGGGGGUCCCUGUUGCUGCACAGGGCUUGCCACAGCCAACUGGUCUUACUGGGUCGUACUGGGGGAGGCCCCCAGCCUGACAUGGGGCACCCCCUGCACUCUGUUCUGUCCUUCUGCCUUAUUUUCUGAUGUUCUACUGAAGAGAUGCUUUAUCUGCCCCCAGCAGGAGUGCCUGGGGCUGCUGGGGGCAGGGGGGGCUGGCACCCUGCUCUGGAUGGGUGUGUGGGAUGGUCCUGUCUGCCCUGGGUGGCUUGUCCCCUACCCCACCCUGGGGGGGUUUCCUGGCAGCCUGGCCCCCACCAUCCCGCCCAGACAGCUCUGGGAAUGCCGGUGGGAGCAGGGUCACUGAGAAAGAUGGAAAAACAUGAUGGUGGGUGGUAGGGAUACAGUGAUACCAGGUGGCUCCAACUGCUGCUGAUGGGGCAAGAGCUGGAGCAGGAGGGCUAACAGCACCCAGGCUGGGCUUAGAACACCCAAGCUGAGCUCACAGCACCCAGGCUGGGCUAAAGGCACCCAGGCUGGACUCAGAGUGCCCAUUGCUUGCGCUGGCCGCCCUCACCCUGGGGUCUUCUAGCAGCUAUUUAAGUCCAAAGCACAAAACUUCCGGGGAAGACAGCACUCACACAUCUCCAGCUUUGCUGGGCAGGACGGGGCAGCCCCUGGGCUCAGGCUGGCCAUGCCAUCCUGGCUCUUGCUCUCCAGAGCUCCCCAGCACUGUGCACAGACGAUUUAUCUGGCUCUUGGGCACUGCAGGUUUUGGCACCUGCAGUGAUGGUCAGGCAAAGAGCUGGGGCUUUAACAGUGGUUUGCUGGCAACCCAGGGUGGGGGGACAGGACUCACGCAGCCCCAUGCAGAGAUGCUGAAAGACCCUGAGCUGCCGGGGACUGUCAAGACUCACAAGUGUGAGACUUAUGUGUGUGCACAGACCAGCACCCCAACACCUGCCUGUAUUUUAGAUGCCUCUGAAGGGGGGUGCCCAGCCUAACCCACUUGGGGAGCCACCCCACAGUGCCUUGCUUUGGGAACUUAAAACCUGUCUCUUCCAGGAUAUUUUAUUAAGAAAGUUAUACAAAUGUUUAAAAUAUGCUUAUAAUAAUUAAUAAAAUGGAAAAGCUUUAUUUAAAGCCA